GAAAAAAAAAAACAGAAUCAGAAUCAGAAGUCAGAACAAAAUAUGUUUGGUAGCAAGGUCAUUUUAAUUAUUCUUAUUCUUUAUUCAUAAAAGGAAAAUAAAGAACUUCUCAUUUUCUUUUAAAACCUUGACUCCAUCUUUAUGUGUUCUAUUUUUUUCUAGUCUUCACUGAAUCAUCUCUCUUAAACAAAAUUAAUUCUAAAAUAACAUUUAAAACUUUCCAAAUCUUUCUUUCUCCACGCAACGUGUAUUUAUAGUCCGAUAUUUUGGAAUUCUGUUUGCCUCUCAUUACAAUCAAAACAAAUCCGCCCUCAAAACACCUGAUCUCAAAAAAUGGCAGGCGAAAAUGGAAACUCUAGAUCCAAAAUUGCACUGAUCACUGGCAUUACAGGGCAAGAUGGUUCAUAUCUCACUGAACUCCUCAUUAACAAAGGUUAUGAAGUCCAUGGGCUUAUACGUAGAUCUUCCAGUUUCAAUACACAACGUAUUAAUCACAUAUACAUUGAUCCACAUAACACAUAUAAAGCCAAAAUGAAACUCCAUUACGCUGAUCUCUCUGACGCCAGUUCUCUUCGUCGUUGGCUCGAUAUUAUCCUCCCUGACGAGAUUUAUAACUUAGCAGCUCAAUCACACGUGGCAGUUUCUUUUGAGAUCCCUGAUUAUACUGCUGACGUGGUGGCUACCGGUGCUCUCCGCCUUCUAGAGGCGGUUCGUUCACACAUCUCCGCCACCGGAAGGUCUCACGUUAAGUAUUACCAAGCCGGGUCAUCGGAGAUGUUCGGAUCUACACCGCCGCCACAAUCGGAAUCUACUCCGUUUCACCCGAGAUCUCCUUACGCUGUUUCCAAAUGUGCCGCGCAUUGGUACACAGUGAAUUAUCGUGAAGCCUAUGGGAUAUUCGCGUGCAAUGGAAUUCUCUUCAACCACGAGUCUCCUCGUCGGGGCGAGAAUUUCGUGACGAGGAAGAUAACCCGGGCUGUAGGGAGGAUAAAAAUCGGGUUACAAAGCAAGGUGUUUUUAGGGAAUUUACAGGCUUCAAGGGACUGGGGUUUUGCUGGGGACUAUGUAGAAGCAAUGUGGAUGAUGUUGCAACAAGAGAAGCCUGAUGAUUAUGUAGUGGCUACUGAGGAUUCGCAUACUGUGGAGGAGUUCUUGGAAGUUGCAUUUGGGUAUGUGGGGUUGAACUGGAAGGAACAUGUGGAGAUUGAUAAGAGGUAUUUUAGGCCAUCAGAAGUUGAUAAUUUGAAGGGAGAUGCAAGUAAAGCGAAGAAAGUGUUGGGGUGGAAACCAAAAGUGGGAUUUGAGCAAUUGGUGAAGAUGAUGGUGGAUGAAGAUGUUGAGUUGGCUAAAAGAGAGAAAGUUCUUGUUGAUGCUGGAUUUAUCGAUGCCCAACAGCAGCCUUGAUCACGUGUUAUAUGCUUUUAUCAAUUCAUCUAGGAAAGAAAAUAUUUUGGCUUAGUGUGUUCUUGUUCCACUUUGUUUAUUUUGAUUGUUUGAAUUUAUCUUACCAAAGUUACGUGAUAAUGAAAAGUCAAAUUUAUGUAACAAAAUCAUUUGAUGUGAUAAGAGUGUCAAGUUAUUUUUCU